AUGUCUUUCCAGGACCGCACGCCCGAGUCACUCGUCCAGAGAUCAGACUCGAAGAACCCGGCAACGACAUGUCGUGGCAUAACAUCUGGUGGAAAGCCAUGUAGAAGGUCACUUGCUUCCUCGCCCAAGUCUUCACCUAAGUCGUCGCCGACUGCUGCCCGUCACACUGCCUCGAGAGGCGUCGUUGCCGUCCUUCAAGACGAUGAUGGAAAUCUGGAUGCCGCCGCUUUUUACUGUUGGCAGCACAAAGAUCAAGCCCAAUCAUUUGCUCAGAAACAUUCAACCUCGCCGCAUGCUGCGAAUGCAAAGUUGUUACCAGUUCAAGAAAGGACGAGUAUUGAUAGUCUUGUCGCCAGGUUGGGAGUUGCAUCUAUUCAGGAUCCGCCGAAGCCUGCAAAGAAUCCCCGUGAGGACCGCAGACGACCGGCACAAUAUCAUCAACAAUACUCGAGACCGGACGAGCGGCCAUCGGCAAGACCACAAACUCAUUCAAGACCCAAACCAAAGCAAGGAUUCUGGGCAUCACUGUGUUGCAUGGGUGCAGCAGACGAUGAUGAAGACACCGGACGACCCAGUUACCAGGCACCGCGACCAGAGACAACUCAAAUCGCCAAUUCCUUAUCACCAGCAUAUCCUCCACCUACGCAUACUCGACCUACGCCCUACAAGCACAAUACUGGCCGUCCUCAACAAGCAGCCCCUCUACCACACGCAGCAUCAACAACUGGCCUACCACCACGCAAACCACUGCUAGAUGUCCCUGCCACAGCCAUAAACAAACGCAGAGCAGCAUCCGCACCCACCAGCACCACAGAACUCCUCCCCUUUAUCCCUGGCCAUCUCCCACCCCAAACCGCCUCUGUCCUACUCACCGAACUCUCCAAACCAAUAUCUCCUCACGAUGAAGCUGGAUACAUCUAUAUCUUCUGGUUAACCGAGACAUCUUCUACACCCUCCAACGAUACCGCAGCAUCUCUACUCUCCACCCCAAUCUCAUCUUCACGAGGGCAAAGACGGCCCAGCGAUGUAAUGAGCGCCUACACCGCAAGCAAAGGCACCACCAAAACCAUAAAAUUGAAAAUCGGCAGGGCGAACAAUGUCCAUCGCCGCAUGAACGAAUGGAACAGACAAUGCGGUUACAACCUCAGUCUCGUUCGCUUUUAUCCUUAUGUCUCUUCUUCAGCCUCUCCAUCAACUUCUCCUUCACGAGGAACAUCGGCCAAUACCUCGAACCAAGUUCACAAAGUGCCUCACGCACACCGCGUAGAGAGAUUAGUCCAUCUGGAGUUGGGAGACAAGAGGAUAAAACGUGAUUGCAAGGCUUGUGGUCGCGAGCACAAGGAAUGGUUCGAGAUUGAGGCAACCGCAGAAGGCGUGGCUGCCGUUGACGAGGUCGUCAGGAGAUGGGUGAGAUGGGCAGAGACAAAUCCAUAG